AUCAGCGGGUUAGUCGAAGACAUUUCCACUCGGCUUAGCCCAAAUUAUCAUGAGUGAUGUCAUGCAUGACAUGUACAAAUUGAGCCAUCGUUUUUGACUGAGCCCAACCAAACCUCAAUGGUUACUAUAAGAGUCCAGUAUAAGCAGCCAGCGAAAAACAGAGGAGAGAGCAGAUCCAAUGGCGGAGGAGGUGAAGCUGCUGGGGAUGUGGGCGAGCCUUUUCAGCCGUCGGAUCGAUAUGGCCCUCAGAAUCAAAGGCGUUCCGUACGAGUACUUGGAGCAAGACUUGACCAACAAGAGCCCCCUUCUUCUGCAGAUGAAUCCGGUUCACAAGAAAGUUCCGGUUCUCGUCCACAACGGUAAAUCCAUUGCAGAGUCACUUGUCAUUCUUGAAUACAUCGACCAAACAUGGAGUCACAAUCCCAUUCUUCCCCAAGACCCGUACGAAAGAGCAAUGGCUCGGUUCUGGGCCAGAUUCAUCGACGAAAAGAUUGUGCCUACAGGAAUCGAGAUCGCGAUUGAGAAAGACGAAGAAGCGAGAGAAGCUGCAAUAGAGAAGGCGAGGGAGUUGAUGAAGUAUUUGGAGAAAGAACUCAAAGGGAAAGACUUUUUUGGAGGAAAAACAUUGGGAUUGGUAGAUAUAGCGGCGAUCUUGAUACCCUUUUGGCUGAUGAGGUUCGACGCCAUUGUCGGAAUCGGAGUCGAUAUUCUUGCGGAAGAUAAGUUCCCGGAGAUCCACAGGUGGGUGAAGAGGUUGUCGGAAACGGAUGUCGUGAAGGAAUGCAUCCCUCCCAAAGACGAGCACGUCGCUUACUUGAAGGCGCUUGUGGACCGAAUCAAAUCGGCUCGUUGAAUUGUCGCGACGGAUCGUUAUGUUCCCACACGAUACUGUUCCUGUUCGAGUUUAUCGUUUUCAUUAUUAUAUUAAUCUAUGUGUAAUAGUGUAUUGAAUAACAAUAUAGACUACUUUCAUCGCAA